AUGGAUCCAGGGGAACUGGCUCAAGCUCGGGCCCAGAUCCAGAAUGUGGAGCUGACCCGUCUGUUGCAGCAGGAUGAGGAUGGCGAUAUGCUCCUUCAUCUGCUUGUUGCCCAAGGAUUCCGCUCAUUGGCUUAUGCUGCUGCUGAGAUGCUCAGAGACUGUGGUCACCUGGAUGUCAAAGAGCACAGGGGGAAGACCCCACUGUUAGUGGCAGCAGCAGCAAAUCAGCCAGAGAUUGUGAAAGACCUGAUCAUGCUGGGAGCCGAUGCCAAUGCUGCCGACCAGAAGGGCCAGACUGUGCUGCACCUUGGCGCCACGUACGGACUGCCCAGUGUCAUUGAGGCUGUCAUGAUGACUGGCAUCCCUGUAAACGUGGAAGCAAGAAAUUUUGAAGGUCUCACCCCACUGCACUGUGCUGUCAUCGCUCACAAUGCAGCCUUCCAGGCACAAACCCUGGAGCCACUGUCCCAGAGCCACUUGCAGGACUUGCUGCUUUGCAUCCGUCUGCUCUUGCAACUUGGGGCAGACUACAAGAGCCAGGAUCUGAAGAGCAGCAAAACCCUCCUCCAUUUGGCUGUCCAAGCAGCAAACCUGCCUCUGAUCCAAUUCCUUCUCCAGCUUCCUGGACCAGAACUCCAGCGUUUUGUCAACAUGAAGGCUCAUGGGAAUACCGCACUGCACAUGGCUGCCGGCCUGCAUGGGCAUCCCUAUCAAGAGGAGAUUGUCCGCCUGUUACUACACCACUGGGCUGAUCCCAGUGCCCGGAAUCUGGAGAAUGAGCAACCAGUUCACCUCUUGGCUCCUGGACCAGUGGCAGAACAGCUCCGCCUGCUUCUAAGGAGCCGUCGGGGAUGCCCUGGUCCAGCUCAUCUCCCCUCUCUUUCCUGAUAGCUUUCUGUCCAUGAACACAUCUGGUCAGGGAUCAGCAGGACUCCUCUUCCGCCAUCCAGCAAGUCAAGAAACUUGGAUAUCUCUCUUUGAGUGUUGGGUUUGUUUGUUUGUUAAGGGAAUUUAUUUCUUAUGCCAGCUAUAUUUAAGUAAGUUAUUGUAACCAGGACCAUGUGCCUGACUGCUGCCUUGCUGAUGCCAAUUUGAUUCCCAAUGGGAAGUCAUAGUGGGUGCCUGCUUCUCUCCCAGGGCGGAGAGAGCAUCCAUUGCUUCAGUAAGGAAAUAAUUCAAAAUCUGAGAAUGAUUUUUUUUUUAAAAAAUCCCAGUUGCCUCCCUUCAGAGAUCAGUGUGCUCCUAGUGGCAUUAUCUAUAUCAUUUCUAUGAAAUGAAUUUUGACUUGAACCAUAUUGGUUCAUAAAUUCUUUGGAUUGCAUAGCAUGGGACCAGUCUCACCAGAGGAACAACUUAGGCAAAACCCAACAACAAUCCUGUGCAUGUUCACCCAGGGAGAAAUCCCUGUUGGGUUCAAUGGGGCCUACUCCCAGGUAAGCAGAUACAGAAUUGCUGCCUGAAUUCCUCUUUGGACUGUGCCCAUCAUAAUCCACCAUUUGUUGCUAGAUACAGAUCCUAAGAGGAUUCUUCUACCACCUAAAAGAACUACAGAAAGGAGGAAACUUUCAUAAGGUAUGACAUCUGAAAGUUGUGAUCCUGUAAUUUUCAAAGGAACAGUAGUGAGUAGCCCCCUUUAAUGCAUACAUCCUUCUAAAUAUUGCUGGACUGUAACUCCCAUUAGCUCUAAGCAUCAUAGCCAGUGUUGCAUUCCAAUAUCUAGAGCAGGGCUCCUCAAACUUUUUAAGUGGAGGGCCGAUUCACAGUCCUUCAGACUUUUGGGGGGCCGGACUAUGAUGAAAUAGUCCAGAAUUAGGAUUGUUGUUGUUGUGUGCCUUCAAGUCAUUUCAGACUUAGGUCAAGCCUAAGUCUAAAGUUUAGUUCAGAGGCCAGAUAAAUUACCUUGGAGGGCCGCAUCUGGCCCAUGGGCCUUAGUUUGGGGACCCCUGAUCUAGAAGAUCUCAUAAGACCAUAGGUAAGUAAAGAGACCUCCAAAAACCAUCUAGAUGGUCUCAUAAGACCAUAGGUAAGGAAAGGGACCCUCAAAGGCCAUCUAGAUGAUCUCAUAAGGCCACCAGAAGACCAUAGAUAAGACAAGGGACCUCAAAGACCAUCUUGAUGGUUUCAUAAGACCAUAGGUAAGGAAAGGGGUCCCCAAAGGCCAUCUAGAUGAUCUCAUAAGGCCACCAUAAGACCAUAGAUAAGGCAAGGGACCUCAAAGACCAUCUCGAUGGUUUCAUAAGACCAUAGGUAAGGAAAGGGACCCUCAAAGGCCAUCUAGAUGGUCUCAUAAAAUAGAUAAGGAAAGGAACCCUCAAAGGCCAUCUAGACAAUCCCUAAGGCCAUAAGUAAGCAAAGAGACCUCCAAAGACCAGGUAGACUUAAGUCAACCCUAAGUCUAAAGUUUAGGACAGGGGCCAGGUAAAUGACCUUGGAGGGCCGCAUCCGGCCCACGGGCCUUAGUUUGGGGACCCCUGAUCUAGAGCAUGGUUCGAUACCUGUGGGUCCCCAGAUGUUUUGGCCGUCAACUCCCAGAAAUCCUAACAGCUGGUAAACUGGCUGGGACUUCUAGGAGUUGUAGGCCAAAACACUUGGGGACCCACAGGUUGAGAACCACUGAUCUAGAGGGUUACAGUUCUUCUCCAUCCCUCUAUUGAAAGUAUAUCCUUCCUACAAACUUAAAUGGUUUAAUAGACAUUUCCACUUCCUAAAGGAAUCCAGAGAACUUGGAUUCUGUGAGUGCAGCUAGGAAUCUCUAGCAGAAGUCUCUGUGCCCACACCAAACAAGAAAUCCCCAGGUCCUUUGGUUGGGGAAAACACAGCAUAAAGGUAGAAGAGUCCUCUUAGAAGAUGUAUCUGGCAGUGUGAUAAAUUCUGCCUAAAAUAAUGCAAGGCAAAUACUACGCACAGUUUUAGUGCAGUCCUUGUAAUGCUUGGAAUCAGGGCUUCAAACAAGACGGGGUCUUCGGCAUUCUAAGCGGCAGGGAUAAUAAACACGGCGUGUUUUUGUUGUUCACCAGGCUUUGGCCUGCAUUACACCCUCUCACAGCAUCUGUGCCCAGAAACCCGUAGCCAGGUCCCUGGCUGAAUUCAGAGCCCUGUGUGGCUCUCUGGCUCAGUGCCCAGGAGUCUUCCUCAACACUUUCUCAUGCGGCACUUUUGACUCCAUGUAGCCAGAUUCCCACAAAGUGGGAAAGUAAUCCUCCUUCCUUUUUUAUUUGUACCGCACCAGAACAUGGGAUGCUACUUUGUCAAAGCAAUUGGCUGCUGCUUGACAUCCCAACAGAGCAGUUGCUGACUGUUGUGGAUUCUAUUCUUAAAAACAGUGCUUCAUUUUUUAAUAUUAUCAAAAAGUAAAUAAAUCUGUAAUUUUUCCAUACCUUCCAACUGUCCUGAUCUGGAAGAGAUAAUCCCAAUUGAUCUAAUGUCACCCAACUUUUUCAGAUGCUUGUAAAGCAUUCCCGUUUCUCUCUCCUCCUGCUUCCUUCCCGCCUUGUCCUUAACUUACUUCAUUUGGUGAAAAGUGCAGAAGUUGGUUAUACUCAAUUAGCAGAGCAAAAGGAGAGGCUGCAAAAUCCCUUCCCAACAGAUACAGGCAAAAGCAAACCACUGCAGUCUCUCUCUGUAUGUUCUCCCUUUUGCUACUUGACCACACUGUUUGGACAUGUGUGUUUAAUUUUCUAUGAAAAAUUGGAAGUGGUCAGUAAUGCUAAACACAGCCAAGUAGUGAACUCUUAGAAAGUUACUUCCUAAAAGUAAUUUAUUCUUGUUAUUUUUUUAGAAUAUCAGAAAACAUUGGUGGCUGUUAAUGAUGUUUUUUAAACUCCUUUUGUUGUUCAUUGCAUUGCUUGUUAUUUAAAAAAAACCUUAGGACUAAUGUGAACAUGGCAAAAAAUUUGGAAAAUACUUGUUACCACACCUGUAAGAAUGCAUUCCUGAAACUAGAAUGUAAUUGUGGCAAUAAAGAAGCACAUGUUGUAA